AUGGCACACAUUGCAAACCUUCGGAUGACGCCGUUUAUGCCCACAACUUCCUCAAACGACGUCAAAGAAAUCGCGUUUAAGACCGCCCCUUCAGCUUCCAAGGUCGAAAUCAAGCACCUUCUCGAAACCCUCUACGGCUUCGAGGUCCAAAAGGUGCGAACCCUGAUCAUGAAGGGCAAGAAGAAGCGUUACGCGGGUUCAUUGGUCGCAAAACCCGAUUACAAGAAGGCCUACGUCACCCUCAAGAAGCCACUUUCCUUCUCCCAGGACCUUUACCCCGUUCGUUCCACCCUCCAAGAUAAGAAGAAUGAGAAGAUGUUAACCACUCAGUGCUAG